AUGAAACGGCAAUCCACUCAAAGCGUCUGGGUGUUAGGCGCGCCUUGCACAAUGCACAGUGUGGAAGCGUCAUGAGGGAGUUAGUGCGAUGGGAUGGCCUGAUCUAGGUAGCGACGUAUCGUUCAGAAGUUGAGGAUAGGAACCGCCACCAUGUCCUCCUCAACCACCGACGACUCCAACAGCCAUGUCACCACCAACACCGGCGAGAUUCCCACCCUAUUCGGCCUCCCCUGGACCACCCGCACUUUCAACCCUUCCUUCUCAAAUGUCACUCCCACCAUGCAUACCUCUUCCUACCCGGCCAUUAACCCAGCCCUCAAUCCCCUCAUCUCCCAUACCGGGAAGACAGUCCUCAUCACCGGCGCCACGGCCGGCAUAGGUCUCGCAAUGGCUAAGUCGUUCGUUACCGCUUCUGCUUCGAAGGUCAUUAUCACGGGUCGGAAGCAAGAAAGACUCGACAAAGCUGUUGGUAUUCUCCGCCAGCACGCCAAAGAGCUCGGGAAGCAGACGGAAGUAGUGGGCGAGAAAUCCGAUGCGGCGAAGAUGGAGGAGAUUGAUGCCUUGUGGAAAAAAUUGGGAGAGGAGGGAGAGGUGGUGGAUGUGCUUAUUUUGAAUGCUGUGGGGGAGAUGGCAAUGGGGCGCCUGUGUGAGGAGGGUGGCAGGACGACUGUUGAGAUAUGGGGCAAACUCGAAGCUAACCUCAGGGGACCGAUGAGGUAUACUGAGCUUUUUAUGAAGCAGGGGAAGAAGGACAGGCAGAAGUUCCUCAUCAACAUCUCCACCGCCUCUGCCCACAUCAGCCAUCCCGAGUACUCGCCCGCCCUCGCCGCCUGUUCAGAGUACGGCUUCACCAAGGCCACCGCAGGCCUCUUCUUUAGGUACAUCGCUCAACAGUCGGACACGGAGAGGUUGCAGGUGGUGAGCUUUCAUCCGGGGACGAUCUACUCGGAGAUGUGGCAGGGUCUCGGCGUGGAAAAGAAUAUCCUACCGUUUGAUGAUAUCUCACUGCCAGCUGACUUUGCCGUCUGGGCAGCCACCAAGGAGGCGAGAUUCAUUCACGGUCGCUUUGUUUGGGCUCAUUGGGAUGUAGAUGAGAUGAAGGCUGCGUAUGCGGAGCGGUUCGGGAAGGAUGCCGAGCUGUUCAGGUUUGGGGUGUGUGGUUUGGCUGGGAGCAACCUCCAUGUCACUCCGUGAUCGCGCUCUCUGUAGGUAGACCAACCAUAAGCAAGAGUACCUCUACUAUUCCAUGCCUCCUUGCAAAUUUGGCGAUGGUGCGAGAAAGGCUUCUAUGGAUGUGAUUCCAUUUACCAUGGUCGUCUCUUCGACACCGGGUGGAAUGUCGG